AUGGGAAUGGAGCCGCUGGAGAUGCAAGGCGUCUCCUCGGGCCCUGGGGAAGGCGCGCGCGGACUCCGCGCCGCGCGCGGACGGACUCGCGCAGGCGCCGCCCAGCGCUCGCGCACGUGCUCCUCCCUGGCGGUGCUUCUGCCGCUGGCGGCGGUGCUGGCGGCGGGGCUUGUGCUGAUGUUGGCGGAUGCCACCGCGGCGCCCGACAACGUGGUGCAGAGGGCCCGCGAGAUCCUCAUCGCAGAGCUGCGGGUGCGGACGCGCCCGGCGAAUUUGGUGGUCCGCGACUUCUCGCAGACGCUGGUGGAUACCGCGCGCGGGCUGUACCGGACAAUCGAACAGGAGGCUCAAAAGGUGGACGAGCAUGUGCUGUUGCUGGCCGGAAGCGCCUCGCGCUACGAGCUGAUGACCCUGACGCACUUGGAGUUCUUCUAUGUGAGCAGAAGCUGCAUGGAUAGCGCCAAUGCUCGUGUACACAUGGGGAAGUUCCAGCUGAAGAUGAAAGCCGCAGCCCUUGACUCCGCGAUCAUCUACCGCCCGAGCAACUCCCUCUUCAGCAGGAAGGCACCGUGCGGUGCAGAAGACUUUGUGGGUCAAACCCUGCUCAGCGAGCCCAUCGCGGCACGCAUGCUGCUGGACGCACGCUACUUCGCCGGCGAUCUGCGCCUCUUCCAGGAGGUGCAGCGGACCAUCCACUCAUGGCUGGAUCUCGAGAUGGCCGAAGUGGCAAUGAACCAUUCGGACAUUACGGAGUCCGACUUGGACAGGUGGGGCAAGAACGGCACGAUGCGGGAGUUCCUGGUGGGGGAGAUGGGCAGCUGGUUCAUUGGCUUGGAGCUCGCGGGGCGAAUCAGCGACAUGCGCAAGGGCCUGAACGUGGCACAGCGCUGGAGCGUGAAGCUGCAGAUUUGGCGGCCUUUGCUGUCCUUUGCCGCUAGAAGUGCAAAUACCGGGCACCGGCGCUGA